CCAAAUUAAUUUCUAUUGAUUUUUUUCUUCUUCUUUCAUAUUCAAAGAACCUCAUUCUUUCCCACCUUACAGUCUCAAAUCAAAUCUACACAUUACUCUCUAAUAAAACAAAACACAUCCCAGAUUUCUUCCUUACCUCGUUUCGUGUCUUGUUUUUUCUUCCAUUAGACAAAACAAAACCAUAUCUCCACAUGGAUUCUUCAACUAAAGUUACAACCUUUUUUCAUGUCUUCAAUCAAAUCUAGUAAAAAAGUUUCAAUCUUUUUUGUUUUCUCUUCUCAUCUCUCUGACCCUUCAGCAUGGGAAGAAGAACUUUUCUUCCAUAUAAAGAUGAAACCUUUAUGCCUCCAUUAGCACAACCACCUUAUUCUUUUCAUUUUCAUCCUAACCCAUCACCAUUUCCACCCAUCACUGUUUCAUCUCUUCGAUCUGAUAAUUUCAGUCCAGGUGAUAAAUCAUUGAAGGUUAGUCCAAGUAUUCUUCUAAUCAUUAUCAUUCUAGCCAUUGUUUUCUUCGUUUCUGGUUUACUUCAUCUCCUAGUGAGGUUUCUAUGGAGGCCUCAGGAUAGAGACGCUGAGGAUUUGGAUGAUGUUACUGCUCUUCAAGGGCAGUUGCAGCAGCUUUUUCAUCUUCAUGAUGCUGGUGUUGACCAGUCUUUCAUUGAUACUACUCUUCCUGUGUUUCUUUAUAAGGCUAUUAUUGGAUUGAAGAACCCUUUUGAUUGUGCUGUUUGUUUGUGUGAAUUUGAGCUUGAAGAUAAGCUUAGGUUGUUGCCGAAAUGUAGUCAUGCUUUUCAUAUGGAGUGUAUUGAUACAUGGCUUUUGUCUCAUUCUACUUGUCCUCUUUGUAGAGGUAAUUUGCUUCAUGAUUUCAAUGCGAACAAUAGUUGUUCACCUAUUGUUCUUGUUCUAGAAUCUGGUAGUGAUAGUUCAAGAGAAAUUGUUCCAGAAAGAGAUGCUACUGUUACUGCUACUGCUACGGCUAAUACUGCUAUAGGUACAGGUAGUAGUGUUCUUGGUAGGACUAGUUCUGUCAUGACAACGGAUUCGGUUCUUGGUUAUCGCGGAGACAAUGAAUUCGGAGGUGAUUCGGCUUCGGUUGAAAACAUUUCUAAGCCGAAUGUUGGAGUGGAGAAAGUUGUGACUGUUAAGCUUGGAAAGUAUAGGAAUGUUGAUGGUGGUGGAGGAGGAGGGGAAGGAAGUAGUAGCAACAAUGUGGAUGAUAGGAGGUGUUUUUCGAUGGGUUCGUUUGCUUAUAUUAUGGAUGAAACAUCUUCGUUGCAGGUACCGAUUAGAACGCCGAUGAAGAUGAAAUCAAGCAAGAAGAAAACUGUUUUGCCUUUGAUUCCCGGACGUAGGCCUGCAAUGUCGGAAUGUGAUUGCGAAUCAAGAAGGGAUUUCAAGUUUGCAAGCUUCGAUUCGACUAGAGGAGUAGUUGAGGAUUUUGCAGGUAUUGGAAAAUGUCGAAAAGAGAGUUAUUCUAUAUCGAAGAUUUGGCUUAGAGGGAAGAAAGAUAAGACUAAUGGUGAUGCUGCAGAUUCAUCUAGAAGAGCUGUUUCAUCUAGGUUUGCAUUACAAAGAACUGUUUCUGAGAUGGAUUUUGGAGGAAGUGAAUUUGGUGGUUAUGAUGAAGAGAAUCAAAGUUGUUAUAGUAUGGAUUCAUCUCAAGCUAGAGCACCUUCAUUUGCUAGAAGGACUUUGAUUUGGCUCACUGGAAGACAAAAUAAGGUUGUUCAUUCUUCAACUGCUUCUGUUUCUGCUUCUACUUCUACACUUUAGCUUUUUGAACUAUUCUUAAUUUAUCUUACAAUUGUAGAAUAUAGAUUUAUCAAAAGUAUAUUUUUAGUGGUAGAAAAGUGGAGGAGAAAGAAAAAAAGUGAUGCGUUUAUGGGAUUUGAAUACAUUGUUGCUGCAUGAAUUUUGUUGAUGUCCAUUGAAUGUUUCACCUUAGUGAAAAUGAAAAAACUAUUGAGAGAUUCUUUUGUUCA